CAUCAACAUCUUCUAACCUAAGACACCUGUUAUCCAUAUCUCGACUGACUGCAGUAGGGACAAGGAGAAACACAAGACAAGAUGCAGUCAGGAAUUUCCGCCUCCAAGGAGCUGGUCUCCCAAUUCAACGACCUCCUCGGCUCCCCAUCGACCUUUGGCCUCCUCAUCAACAUCGCCAACGAACAGCUCCAGCCCAUCCAAACUCUGACCUCCUCCCCGGGCUCCUCUUUCGCCUCCAACGUCGACACCCUUCUGACGCCCCACAUCAAAGAAAAAGAAGCUCUCUACAUCAUCCUGCGCCGCUAUGACUCGUCGCCUGCGCUGGUGGCCGUCACCUACGUGCCCGACACGGCUCCCGUGCGGCAAAAGAUGCUGUUCGCCUCGACGCGGCUGACGCUCGUGCGCGAGCUCGGGUCGGAACACUUCCGGGAGACCAUUUUCGCGACCAACGCCAAGGAGCUGACCAGCCAGGGCUUCGAGAAGCACGAUGCGCAUACGGCGCUGGACGCGCCGCUGACGGAGGAGGAGAAGAGUCUGGGGGAGGUCAAGCGGGCGGAGCAGGAGGCGGGCGCGGGGACGAGUAAGCGGGAGAUUCAUCUGGGGACGCACAUGGCGAUGCCGAUGGGGGAGGAUGCGUUGGCUGCUCUUAAGGGAUUAGCUGAAGAGGGUGGGGAGGGGUUGGUGAUGCUUAAAGUCAACCCCACAACCGAAACCAUCGAGCUCGUCCCUUCUUCUUCUUCUUCUUCCAACCCAUCGUCCAUCGCCGACCUCGUCCAAGCCAUCUCCCCCUCCGAGCCGCGCUUCACGUUCUUCCGGUACACGCACACGCACAACGGCUCCGAGGAGUCGCCCAUUCUCUUCUUCUACACCAACCCUAGCUCUAACGGCGGGCGCGUGGCUAUCAAGCAGCGCAUGCUGUACCCGCUGAUGAAGCGGGCCGUGCUCGAGGUGGCGAGCAGGGAGGGACUGAAUGUCGACAAGAAGUUUGAGGUGGAGGAGCCGAGCGAGAUCACGGAGGACGGGGUGUUGGGGGAGUUGCAUCCCAAGGCGGUGCAGAGUAGGGGGUUCGCUAGGCCGAAGAGGCCUGGUGGUAGUUCUUCCGUCCAAAUCCAUACUUGCCUUACACAGUAUAUACCACCUGAACAGAAGCAUCAUGGGACGUUCAAAAGCAAUCGCACGCUCGAUCGCGCGGGCCAUCACCGACACCACUGGACUCGCGAAACGACGAUCCACCAACAGAAAUCCCCUUCGCCUGAUCCUGUCGCUGUUCUCUCUACCUUCUACUCAACCAAAGACCAAAAGUAUCUCGUCAAGUCCGUCCCGCGCCACUCGGAACACUCCUUCUUCCGCCAAGACCUCUUGACGCCCUACGUCGAAUACAUGGCCACGCACCCGCGCUCGCUGCUCGUGCGCAUCUGCGACUUUCUCGGCGCCUCGGGAUACUCGCUCGGCCGCAUCUUGCGGCUUGCGCCCUCGCACCAUAUCGUCAUGGAGAAUAUCAUGUACGGCCGCGGCCGGUCCGAAGCAAAGAAGCGCGGCGGCGGCGACAACAACAACGUGGACUGGGAGGAUUGGGAUCUGAAGCCCACUUCGUACUUUUAUCCUGAGCGCGACAUUGCUGAUGGAGCGCUGACUAGCGAGGCUACGAAGAGCCAGUUGGCGGAUGAGUUCCAUGAUAAGAUUAGACUGGAUAAAGAACAGGCGGAUGAGUUUUUUAGGUGUUUGGAGGAGGAUACGAGGUUGUUGGCGGAGCAUGGGGCGGUGGAUUAUUCGUUGUUUUUGGUGAGGAUGCAUACUACUACUUCUACUCCCUCGGGCUCCGGCCCAGGGCAGGAACCUGAUGCUGCAGCUGCUUCUUCACCAGAAGCGGUAUCAGAGGUGGUAUUGGAAGAGGUGGCGCCGCCGACCGAAGGCCCAUCGGUGCCGCCUGGUCCGCCGUCAUGGAGGACCGGGAUCGCGUCGGCGGAUGGAAAGUAUAUCUACCGAGCGUCGAUCUUGGAUUUCUUUUGGGCAAAACAUAAGUUGCAGCCGAUGGUGAUGACGGUUUUGAUCAAGUUGUGGAAUUUGUUGAUUAGUAAACAGGGGCCGAUGAGUAUCACGACUACGCCGGAGGAGUAUCGGCAGAGGUUUUUGAAGAUGUGUAGGAGUUAUGUGGAGGUUGUUGGGGAGUCGUCGGUCGAGUGAGUGAGGAGGGGAGGGGAAGGGGCCCGGGGAGGUGCCUCUGGGAGUGCUUGGAGUUUGUAGGGGCAGAGAUAGUACCCAUUGUGUUUUAUUCAAGGUCGUCACGAGAUUUUCAUUUUUUCUAGCCAUAGCAUGGAUCUCUUUCAUUUGUCUGCGUUGUCAGAGUACUUUAUGGGUC